AUGAUGAACCCAUUAGAUGCAUUGUCAUUGGCAGGAACAAUCAUUCAGUUCGUGGAUUUUAGCUUGAAGGUGAUCGCUGGCGCUAAUGAACUCUACAAAUCUGGAGCUGAAUCGCUAAAUGUUCACCAACAAUUGGGACUUGCGGUCGACGACCUCUCUACAUUGUCUCAGAGGCUCUCGGAUUCUUAUUCAGGUCUGUGCGGAAGUGGAGUUAUACCUGCUCCGGCAGAUAACUCGUUCAUUUGCAUCUGCAAAAAUGCAACGGAAUCGUCCACAGAGCUCAAUAGUAAACUGAGUAGUUUAAAAGUCACUGCCACUGGUAACCGAAGGAAAUGGCAAACCCUCAAACAAGCAUUGAAGUCAGUUUGGUCUGAAAAAGAAUUAAUUGAUUUGCAAAAUCGCUUGGCCUUGUUGAGGGAUUCUAUACAGAUGCAUAUCGUUGUAGAUCUUCGCACACUUUUUCUACGAUUGCUAAACGAAGCUUUGAUGACCACAGGAAAACACAUGACUCAAGACUUCAAACUUUGUCUGUUUGUUGAUGGUCUUGACGAAUAUGAGGGACAACCUUCAACUAUUGCCAAAUAUCUCAGUAUGCUCGCCCAAGUACCAUGGCUGAAGAUAUGUCUUUCCAGUCGUCCGCUACUUGAGUUUGAUGAUGCUUUCGGAUCUGGACCGUCAUUGAGACUGCAGGACUUGACGCAGACCGAUAUUGAUCAUUUUGUCAAGUCAAGUCUCCGAAAUAAUGUCAACUACCAACAAUUAUGCGUGAAGCAGCCAGUCCAAGCGUUAAGCCUCAUCGAAAAGAUUAUAUCGCGAGCAGACGGGGUUUUCUUGUGGAUUAAGCUUGUCGUACAAGAAAUUGAAAGAGGCCUCGCCAAUAGAGAUCCUCUCCAAGAUCUACAGGAACGUAUCGGAAUAUUUCCACUGGACCUCGAAGAAUUGUUUUCCUCAAUGCUUGACAACAUUGAUCCGUUCUAUAUCAAGAAGUCUGCAUUGAUAUUUCUCAUUGUACGAGCCGCAUAUAUACGCUGGGGAGGCGUCAGGAGAUUGGAUACCUUGACUCUUUCCUUUUCUCUCGAUUAUUGUUCAGAUACUUAUAUCGAGCCUUUGAAAACAUUUGCAAAAUUGACACACGCUUCCAGGAUCAAAAGCAAAAUCUGGACACCGAAGGAUUUCUCCUCUUUCCUGCACAUUGCGGUAAACUGGGACCUUUGUGCAUACGUCAAGUUGAAUUUGAAUCUCCUCGCUCCAAAAAUAAGAGCUUCCAUCGUCCACACUCUUUUGCCAUAUGCCCUUGCAGCAACAGACGAGUAUUAUAUUCAAGGCAUGGAACAAAGGGAGAAUUCAGAAUAUCUUCGAGAUCGCAUUCCUCCAAGCCCUCGCAUGGUAAAACUGCUCCUGGCACAUGGAGCUCAACCUAACAGAAAAAUGAAAGACUUCUCGGCAAUUCAUGAAUGGACCGCAUUUGAAAUAGCCAUUCGCAAUGUCUGUGCAAUUCUUCCAAGAGUGGACGCAAAUGGCUCCUCGCAGGAAUAUUCAAAGGAAGAAAAAUCCUUGGUGUGCAAUCAUUUGGAAAUUGUCAAAGUUAUGCUGGAUUAUGGAGCGGAUUUGAACACAUAUCUGAAUUACGAAGGAAGAGCAAUCAUGCCGAGAAGAUUGUUAACCGAGACUAUGAGAAAAUACUGGAGAAGAAAAGAGUCGGAUGUGCAUCAAAUGUUUGAAAAAAAGGGUGUUGAAAUUUUUGAAAUGGCACAAAUUAUCUAA